CAGCAGAAGAGGGACACGUCACCCCGGAGGAUCUACAACAUGAAGGAUUCCAGAAGAAACCAAUAAAAAAGGAAGAAGAUGAAGAUGAGGACGAUGAUUUCUUCUGUGAAGGAUCUUUAAUCCCUGUGGAACAAGUCAUGGAACUCUUCUCCCCAGUGGACCAACAGUGUGGAGGUUUCCAGAUGAAGCCUGUGAAGAAGGAAGAACCUGAAGAUACAGAUGAACUCAAACUGAACAAGGAUUUCUGCUGCUCCUCGUGUCCACGUUCCUCUACAACCCAAAAUCACCUCCACAAUCACAUCAAGAGCUGCAACCAUGAUAAAUAUGAGGCUCUGGUAAAAUCUGAGACUGAACAUGAGAAUCUGAUGCCCACCAGAAGCUCCAGUAAUCAGCAAACGUCCUCUGGUACUGUCAGCAUUAACACCUCUCUCAGUCCCACACAGGAAGAAGGAAACGUCUGCUCAGAGUGUGGGAAGAGCUUCAGGUUCCAGAGUGAACUCAAACGACACCAGCGCAUUCACACUGGAGAGAAACCAUAUCAGUGUUCACAGUGUGGGAAGAGCUUUACUGCACAGAAUGUUCUUAAACGACACCAGCGCAUUCACACUGGAGAGAAACCAUAUCAGUGCUCACAGUGUGGGAAGAGUUUCAAUCGUCAGAGUGUGCUUAAUAAUCACCAGCGCAUUCACACUGGAGAGAAACCAUAUCAGUGCUCACAGUGUGGGAAGAGUUUUAAUACACAGAGUGAUCUCAAAACCCACCAGCGCAUUCACACUGGAGAGAAACCGUAUCAGUGCUCACAAUGUGGGAAAAGUUUUAAUCAACAGAGUGUUCUCAGAAUACACCAGCACAUUCACACUGGAGAGAAACCGUAUCAGUGCUCACAGUGUGAAAAGAGUUUUAAUAAACAGAGUGUUCUCAAAAUACACCAGCGUAUUCACACUGGAGAAAAACCGUAUCAGUGCUUACAGUGUGGAAAAAGCUUUAAUAGACAGAAUCAUCUCAAACAACACCAGCACAUUCACAGUGAAGAGAAACCAUAUCAGUGCUUACAGUGUGGGAAGAGUUUUUAUACACAGAGUGUUCUCACAACCCACCAGCGUAUUCACACCGGAGAGAAACCAUAUUUUUGCUUACAGUGUGGGAAGAGUUUUAUUCAACAGAGUAAUCUUAAAGAACACCAGCGCACUCACACUGGAGAGAAACCGUAUAAUUGUUCACAGUGUGGAAAAAGUUUUGCUCAUUUAAAAACAGUUAAGAAACACAAGUGUGACACAUUCAAUUGUACCGAAUAAACGAAGGGUUUGAUUUUUAAUACCACAUUCCCAAAGUAAUCACCAAGUGUUCCUGUUAAUGUAGCAACAGCUGUAAUGUUUAGCAUGUGCACCUGUUUCUGUUUAUUUUAAUAAAUGAACCCACAGUCUCUGCAGUCGGG